AUGCAAGAACAGAGGGGUGCUAUGGGUUCCUUUUCAGAAACAUUAGGGUUCGAACACGGUUCAACAUCAAGUGAUGUCGUUAACUCUCCAUCAAACCGGUUACCCGACUGCAUGUCUUUGAACCCAGCAAGUCAAGAAGAGGAGAAUCUAACUAUGUGGACCGUAGGUGAACCCGGUUCAAGUUCUGGCCCGAGUCAAUCAAACCAGAGUCAUAACGAACCGCGACCAGACCGUGGGUGGCCUUCUUUGAUGAAAUCUUGUCCUGAACCUUCAUCUAGCGCGCUUUCUUUGGGUGAUCGUGGUUCAUCCAGUUCAUCGUUUUCCGAUCCCUUUGGACCGUCUUCUGACCCUUUUGAGUUAGAGGCCCGUCAGGUUUCUCGUAAAAGAAAAGCAGUCGAGUUAAGCAUUGGGCAAUCUUCUUCAGGGGUCGGAAGUUCGAACUUGUUUCAAAGAUCCGAGGGUGGUCCGAGUUCGUGGCGCACAGUUUCCGAAGACCCCCCUUCUGACCCGACUAUCCCGAGACUUGGAUUGAGUAUCGGUGAGCACUCUGUUCGUGAAAACGCUCAUAGAAAUGUUGACCCGCUACCGGGUAAUAAUAACAAUCAGGAGUCUGAUGUUUCGGUUCUGAGACUUAACCUGUCAGUUGAGAAUUCGAUUUCGAAUUCGAAUUCAUCCAGUCUUCAAAGCCAGCUUGGUUUACGGGUUCCAGCAUUGAGAAGAAAUUUACAAUCAACACGAGAGGAGGGUGAUGGUGGGUGGAGCUCUGUAAAAGGGAAACGAGUCCAAAAUGGUUAUAACGGCCGCGAUAAUAACGUCGUCAAAAAGCAGUAUAUAAACGUCCAGCCUGUCCACCAGAUCUCCCACCGCCACCGACCGCCGUCUCCGGAUUCCGUCAACUCCCUCACUUUCUUCCCCAAUAUCAUUAUUAUAUAA